UUAUUUAUGUAAUUAUAUAUUGUAUUCUUUUUAAUUUCUUUAGACUCUUUUUAUUUACCCAUUGAUUAAAAAAUAUUUGUGCAGUGAGAGGUGAGAUGCUGUAACGAACGUGGUCUCACCCUGGAUAUGACUUCCGGUUUCAGUCGAAACAAUUGUCGCGUAAGACGAAAACAAUGUGCGAAUGGCUUUCAUGUCAGCAGUGGUGCGACGUGCAAUUAAUCUGUGGUGGUCGCCCGUUUUACGCACACAGAGCGGUGCUGGCUAGUGUUAGCUCAUUCCUCAGGGAAAUUCUUCUACCAUGUGCCAUGGAAGACAGUCCGACUUUUAUCGUCUUACCAGAUUUCGACGUUGAAGCCAUGUCCUCUGUAAUCCAUUACAUUUAUAACGGCGAAGUUAUUAUAAAGAAACAGAAACUAGAAAUGUUUAUAGAUAUUGUAAAAGCUAUGGAAAUUUUUAUUGACCAUCAAUGCUUACAACAGUUACGUGUAUGUCUAGGAAAUAAUAAUUUAAAUCUAUCGCAUUACCAUGAAAGUAAAUGUAUUAAAACAAAUGAUGUGUUUUCACUGAGUAGUGUAUACAAUAACAACCAACAAUAUGUUAAUUUAAGUAAAGGAGAACCUAUUCAGGAUAUAGACUUGGAUUGUUCAUUACGUGAUUCAAAUUCUCGCGAUAAGCAAACGGAAUGUAAAAAUUGGAGGAGACUUCAGCAUUCUUUAGAACACUUACCAGCGUCAUAUGCAGACCGACAAAAGAACACUUUUCUACGUGAUUUAUUUAUCGAGACAUAUCCUCGAAACGGUAAUGUUAACGGUCUAACUCCAAGCGUGCUGGCAAUAUCAAAUGAACGCUAUCGUGCUCCGACAUCUGUUCUCUUGACGAAUGCAAAUAGUAAAUAUCCCAGAACUGGCGACACAGUCUCAGAGAUAUCCAUUAGAACCACCGAGUACGCCGCUUAUGCGGCAUGUGCAGAGGUCGUACGUUCAAAAAAAUAUAAUAAUUUUUAUUACGAAAUGCAUUCAAAAACCAAUAAUCUCAAAACCAGUUCGACUGAUUUAACAAAAAGUUAUGAUAAGAGUUAUUUUUCAAAAAUAUUUGAAUAUAAUAAGAAAGAUUCUCUGAAUGGUACAUAUGCACAAACAUCUCUCGUACCAGCAACUCAAAUUUUACCAGGAGUUAAUGUGUUUUCUUUAGAUCUUAGAACAGAUAGAGCCGUCACUGAUGUCAAAUCAAAUUCUCAUUCAAAGGCACAUGACUCACUAAGCCCUACUACUUCUGUGAUGAAAAGCAAUGAAAAUGAUUUAGAUGAGAAUGUAUGUUUGAUAAAUAACAGAUUAUUGGUGUUAAAUCAAGUUAUGGAAAGCCCAUGGUGUCCUCGAUUACCCAAGGACUAUAGGCCAUUUCGUAAAAAAUCACCUGUGAAUAUGGAAAAUAAGAAAAUUCAGGAUAAGAAAGAUACACUAAGCGAUGGGAAUAACAAUAUUCAAAAUACAAAUCAGGUGGAGAACGAAAUAACGGUAUCACGAAUUGUUUUGGAUGGCACAGAAGAGUUUAAAUGUACAAUAUGCAGUAAGGGAUUUGUCAGCAAAGAGCGAUUGAUCAUGCAUGCAUGUCGACAUCCAGACAGACAAACAUCCCGGUAUACAUGUGGGGAAUGUGGUAAAAAUUUUUCACAAUUGCGUAAUUUCAAAUACCACAUGUCAGUACACCGCGGUACUAGAGAAUUUGCAGCCACGUGUACCGUCUGCGGAAAGUACUUCAAUGACAGAGGAUAUCUCAGUAGUCACAUGAAAAUACAUAGGAAUCGUAAGGAGUAUAAAUGCACUAUGUGUCCUAAGUCUUUCAAUCAACGCGUUGCAUACAACAUGCAUGUCAGGAUACAUACAGGUGUAAAGCCGCACGUAUGCGAUCAGUGUGGCAAGGCUUUUUCCCGCAAGAUGUUGCUGAAGCAGCACCAGCGUACACACUCGGGCGAGCGGCCAUAUGCUUGUUCUUAUUGUGACAAGCGCUUCGCUGAUAGGUCCAAUAUGACCCUCCACUUGAGACUGCAUACCGGCGUGAAACCAUUCUCAUGUACGCUCUGUCCGAAGUCCUUCACGAAGAAGCAUCAUCUUAAGUCUCAUCUGAACUUCCAUACGGGGGCCAAGCCGUAUUCUUGUCCGCGUUGCAAACUUGCGUUUACACAGUCUUCCAACAUGAGGACUCAUUUCAAGAAAUGCAAUGCGCAUGAUCAAAUGCCAGAAGCUUCAAUGUGAUUUAGCUUUUUCAUUAUCUUACUUUAAUAUUUUAUUAGAUAUUUGUUUUGUUAAAUCUGUUAAAUCUGAUUUAUAUUGUAUUUUAUGUAUUUGACAAUGAAGUCUAUUAUUAUUUAUACUAGAACAUAUAUCAAUUAUAAAAUUCAUAACAUAGAUUUUUUCUCUUUGUUUUCUUACCUUUUGGAAAAUUUCAAAAUUUAGAAUUGUAGUUGACACAGUGAGUAAUUGUGUUUUGUUAGUCUUUACUAAGUUUUAUGAUAAUAUCGUAGGUAUAUGAUUGAUUGUAAUUCAAUUUUUAAAUAUAAUAAAUAAUGUGAUUAGUAUUAAUGGCAACUCAUGAUAAAGGUAUGAUCCGAUAUAUUUUUUUUAGUUAAUUUCACUAAUUAUCCGUUUGUAGUUAAUAGAUAAUUUGUUUUAUAAUCAGACGACCCGAUCUGUUAUAGUUAUAUCAUUUUAAAAUUUAUGAUUUUUAAUACCAUAAUAAUACCUAGACUGUUAUAUAAUACCGACAUAUACCGCGUAAUUAUUA